UCGGUGGGCUACUCUGAUUUAAAAGCAGACUACUGGCUUUAUCGGAGCAUGGGCAGAGGUGACCUGACACUGCAAACAAAAUGCUGCUUCUAGCUUCAGCUUUUCUUCUGACACUACUGCAGUGCUCGAACGCCCAAAACAAAACCAGCAUUACCCCUGCAGACUGUAGCACCGUUGAAACAGAUGCAGGCGUGGCCCUGGAUUUGGUCAACAGACAUCGCAGAGAUGGCUAUGUGUUUGGUUUAUUCCGUGUUGCUGAUGCACACGAACUACGCAUAGGAAAUUCAUCAGUCCUCUACUUAACUUUGGAUGUGCUGGAAACCGAAUGCUCUGUAUUAUCCAGAAGACACUGGCAGUCUUGUGAAUACAGCGACACCUAUUCCAUGGACUUUGGGCAAUGUAAGAUUAUCACACAUACAAACCAGCUGCUGAAGAAACCCCAACUGUAUGGAUUUAAUUGUACAUUAAGUCCAGUUCCUCCUGAUUUACUAGAGUGCAAAGAUUGUCCUGUGAAAGUUGAAGCCUUAGAAGUCACAGAGCAACACAAAAAUAUUGCUGCAAAGGCCCUGAAGAAAUUUAACAGUGAGAGUAACCACACAAACUACUUUGACGUGGACAAAGUUGAAAAGAUUUUAAAGAUGACUGCCUCCCGUGAAGGUUACAUUUUAGGAUUCUCUAUAAAAGAGACCAACUGUUCCAAAUCCGCACAACAAGCAGAUAAGGCGUUGGAAUGUGAUUUUCUGGAUGACUGGCACGCCCACGUGGGAUUCUGCAAGGCAAGAAUUAUCAGUGAUCCGGAUGAACCUGAUGGAACAGAUAUAAACUGUGAAAUCUACCAUCCCUGCCAGCACCACUACAGGCAAAGAUGCAGACAUUCAACUCUGAGACAUCCCCAUCAUCAUUUUGGUCACAGACAUCAUCACAGGCAUCAUCACAGGCAUGGAUGUCCACCCUUUUCUCAAUCCAGACCUGAAGAACCUGAGCAUAACCAUACUUUCAGUGAAGAACAUCAAGACAGCCAUGAAGGACCUUCUCCUCCUCCUCCCCGGCAUGGUGAACCAUAUCACCACCUUCACCCUCCGCACCAUUGUCUUCCACCUCCUCCCCAUGGUGGACCACAUCACCACCCUUCUCCUCCUCCCCAUGAGGGACCACAUCCUCCUCCCCAAGAGGAACCACAACAUCCCCUUUCUGCUCCUUCUCCCAAUGAUGAACCACAUCAUCCCGUUUCUGCUCCUCCUCCCCAUGAUGAACCACAUCAUCCUCCUUCCCCAGAGGAAUUACAUGAUCUCUCUUCUCUUCCUCCUACCCAUGAUGAACCACAUAAUCCUCCUCUUAGUCCCCAUCAUGGACCACACUGUCCUCCCCCUCCUCAUGGACCACAUCGCCACCAUCCUCCUCCCCAUCAUGGACCACACUGUCCUCCCCCUCCUCAUGGACCACAUCACCACCAUCCUCCUCAUCACCGUAGACCACACUGUCCUCCCUCUCCUCAUGGACCACAUCACCACCAUCCUCCUCCCCAUCAUGGACCACAUCACCCUCCUCCUCCAGGCCACCCUCCUCACCUCUAUCAUCACUAUUACAGACAUAAUUGCAACAAGACAAGCAUAUCAGGAAAGUACUUUCCAUUCCAAAUAAUAGGAGCUCUCUAUCGCAUUCCAGUUCUAAAUCAGCAGGAUUCUCUCACACCUCCCACUGCAAACUUUCCUGAGCUAGCCCAACGCAGCCCUCACUCCUCCAGCCCUGGUGAAGGUAUUCCCUUCACUGGCUUAAGUCUAAAGGAGAUACUAGAAGCUCCAGGUUUUCCAGAUCACCCUACGCAGUCAAAGUCAUGCCCAGGAAACCCCAAACUUGUUCUUCCAAACAUUUUGCCUUUAUUUCCACAUAGCUCCAUGGCAGAAAAUUCUCCUGCAUGACCUCAGAGGAAGAUGUUCCUGGUCUGAGAGUUGCAGGGCCAAUGAUAGUCACACAAUGAAUGAAAACAGCACAUGGAGAAGGGGAAAAAGCAUACAAUUUCUAGGGAGGAGAAGCAAUGAAAAUAAUGAUUAAGACAAGUAUUCCCACCUGCCUCUUGAUCCCAGCUACCUCAGACUCCACUGUAACUGAGUCCCUCAGAUAGUGUUUAUUGCUAUAAACCUCCCCAGCAAACAAUGCUCCUUUAGUUGGAACAAAAAGGAGAAUUCCCUAAUAGUGAAAACUACCAUCUAAAAUAUUUCAUUUUCUCAUCAUCCAUAAUUAUAAUGUACUCUGAGGAAACCUGACCUGGAGGAAAUUUGAUCGCCUUCCAUAAAAAAUGACCCAUGGCACUAGAUUCAUGCUUUGUAAAGAUUCAAAGAAAAUAAAAAUAUGUAAGCUUUUUUUUUUCUUGA